CACUCACUCACUCACUCUCUCUUUAAAUAUAUAAAUAUAAGAGUGAAAGUUGAUUAAUUUUGAUCACAUUUAUUUGAAUUAAUUAGUGAUUAACUUUGGAGAUUUUGGAAAAUGUUGCAAAGUUAAUUAUGUUACUUUCGUUAAUUUUAUCAAUAUUUCAUUUCUCUUCAUGGUUAAUUAUCUUUUCUAUUGGAAUUUUAAUUCAAUUUCCUGGAUUCCAUGGAUCAGCAACAUUCUGGCCCUCAGGCUAUUAUGGUUACAAUCGAGACUAUGAUAACGUCAGGAUAACCUCAUCGUCUGGACUUCGUUCACCUUUAGACCAAUCAACUUGGACAUUACCGCCAUCACAGUCGACAGGUUCAUCUCGAUAUGUUGUCCAACCAUCGGCGACUUAUGGUUCUAAUUAUUAUGGAUCUUCAUUCCCGUUCUCAUAUUAUUCUUACAUGUCCGGUUUACCCUCUUCGAAUCCAUCAGGUGGUUAUUAUUCGGGUUCAGCUUAUCCCUACAACGAAUGGUGGAAAUUUUAUAGUCAAUAUCCAACCCGAAAUUCAUAUUCUUCCUCUUCCUCUUGGCCCACCUCAAGUUAUUCCAACACCAACAGUGCUUAUAACAAUUACGCUAAUGCGUUGGCUAUUCACUGUAAAUAUGCAUCGUUCUAUCGGCCAGGUCACCCUACGUACCCAUAUUACCCCCACAGUUCUUCGAGUUCACCCACAACGGGCUCGUCAAAUUACCCGAUCUACUCUUAUGGAUCAACAAGUUAUCCAUUCACUUACAAUGGUUAUCGACCGCCGACCAGUUAUUAUCCAUCUAAUUAUUAUGGCUCUAAUUACAAUUACCCUCAACCCACAUCGUCUUCCGAUUAUGGUUUAGGUGGUGGUUAUGGUUCAAUGACACCGCCUUUGCUUCCUCCUUCUGCUUCGUCUUUGCCCUCUUCAUCCAUUGGUGGGUCACUUCUUCCCGUUUCUCGUGAUAUUUGGUCUCAACCACCAGUAGGUUUUGGCGAUGUUGAUUUUAAUCGUCGAAUGGGCUGGUUAGGAACCGUCCCAAGUCCACCAAACUCGUACACACCCAAUUACCAUCACAUGGACCAUUUAUUUGGUAAUACUUUCUCUCCCAGUCAAUCGCAGCCGGUUAAAUCAGCGCGAGCGGUAGCGGAGAUCACAGGUCCAACCGGAGUAACUGGAACAAUCGUUUUCAAACAAAUCGGAAGUCGACCCGUUUCUAUCGAAGGUAAAAUAAUGGGACUAACUCCAGGUCCUCAUGGGUUACAUAUCUAUGAGAUGCCUUUACUUGGAGGUGAUUGUUUGUCUGCCGGAGAUCAUUACAAUCCUCAGAAAACUGAUCACGGUGGGAAACAUGAUUGGAAUCGUCAUAUUGGUGAUCUGGGUAACAUAUUUGCCGAUAUCAAUGGUGUAGCCAGUUUUGAUCUAACCGAUCUACUGAUAAGUCUAACUGGUGGCUAUUCAAUUGUAAAUCGUACCAUAGCAAUCUCAGAAAAAGCCGAUGAUCUUGGCCGUGGAUCUGAUGUCCAAAGUAAACGAGAUGGUAAUUCAGGUCCACCAAUCGCUUGUGGGAUCAUCCGAUUAAGUAUAAUCUAAAUCAAUUGAUCAAAUAUCAUUUUUGAUUAAAUGUUAAUUGUUAUAAACCCAUAAGAAAAAUGUAUAUUUAUUUUAUUACAAUUGUUUUUUGUUUCAUUCCAA